AUGCGAGGUCAAUUGCCCCUGUGUCGCGCGAUCCAACUGAGCGCAUCGCCAGCAACAGAGUCCCCUCGCACCGGCGGCGAUGCAUUCGGCGCAGCUGUCGAGGCGAGAGACCCAGCAGAUGCUCGGUUCGAAGUGCUCGGCUCUCCUUACUCCCUCCUCUCGGUCACUCUGUCAGCCUCCCAGAAGCUCUACACAAGAAGAGGCACCCUCGUGACAGUAGCAGGCAAGGCGGAGAACACACAAUCCACCCUCCGACUCCUCUCACCCUUUCGCCAUGCCCUCCUCGCAAUGCCCUUCCUCUACCAGCGCAUAACUGCCACCUCGCCCGUCACAGCUCUAAUAGCUACCAAGUCGCCCAACACGACAUUCUCCAUCCUGCACCUGGAUGGCACCACCGACUGGCAGGUUGCCCAACGGAAUGCCCUCCUCGCCUGGACCGGCCACACCUUGAGCAUCACACCUCGAGUCCAGCGCGGUCUGGCACCAGCACACUGGGGAAACCAUCACAUUACAGGCAGGGGCCUGGUGGCAUUGGCUGCCCCGGGGCAGAUAUACCAAGUCACGCUGGACCAGGGCGAGGAGCUGGUCGUUCAUCCCAGCCAUGUCGUUGCGUAUAGCGUCGGCAGGAACGCCCCGCUGCCCUUCCGGUUCAAGAGCUCAUCCUGGACGUUAUCGAUCCCAUCACUGCCCGAGAGUCUGGUGCCAAAGGGCUGGGCCAAAUUCUGGAAGGAUACGAAAGAGACAGGUUUCUACAAGUUCGUAGCCCGGGUGCUGUACAGCCUGCGGACAACAGCUAGGAGGUCCAUCUUCGGGGACCGGCUCUUCCUUCAGUUUAAGGGGCCGACCACAAUACUGAUGUCCAGCCGCGGCGUCAGAGUCAGCGAUGUUCUGACGAGGGAGCAAGUCAACGAGAUCGCAGACGUCGAGGCCGGCGUGGCCCCCAAAGCCGUGGAGGCGGCUGCUAAACCCCAGAAGACGCUGCCAAGCCCUGACACAGCUGCCCAAUCCAGCGACAAGCCGUUGAAGAUGCACGUGGCUACGGUCGGCAAAGACGGCAAGGUUCACUUUGAGGAGAGCAAGGAACUGAAGGACUUCGUCAAUUCAUGA